UCAGGAAGCAGCUAGGUGUAUAUAAGGCCGCUUUCGACACCAUGUUUGUACUUUUCUCUCGAACUCAACGACAGAAGAAACGCGAAAAAUGUCUGGAAGAGGGAAAACCGGAGGCAAAGCUAGAGCGAAGGCCAAGACCCGCUCCUCUCGUGCCGGGCUCCAGUUCCCCGUCGGCCGUGUCCACAGGCUGCUCCGCAAAGGGAACUACGCUCAGCGUGUUGGUGCCGGAGCUCCGGUGUAUCUGGCGGCCGUGCUGGAGUACCUGACUGCUGAGAUCCUGGAGCUGGCUGGAAACGCUGCCCGCGACAACAAGAAGACCCGUAUCAUCCCCCGCCAUCUGCAGCUGGCCGUCCGCAACGACGAGGAGCUCAACAAGCUGCUGGGCGGAGUGACCAUCGCUCAGGGCGGCGUCCUGCCCAACAUCCAGGCCGUACUGCUGCCCAAGAAGACCGAGAAGCCCGCUAAGAAGUAAACACCCGGAACCGGCUUCAACCAAACCAACAACGGCUCUUUUAAGAGCCACACACACAUCAAACUAAAGAGAAAUCCUUAAACUUUAUGUAUAUGAUAUCCUAUUAUAUUUACGAAUUAUUCUUUACAUACAAUUAAUCAAGCUGUAUCUACAAAAUCACUUAUGGAUUCUAUUUCAUGAUAGCAUUUUAACUAUUGAGCACACCUAACGCAAAAUUAAAACCCACUUGUUAUCUGUCGUGUAAUUUUACGAAAGUACAGUUUACAUAUGCACACACGAGAUCCUUUUAUAUAGUGUUGUAAAUUAACUUCUAAAUACAGUGAGUCCCCACAUAUAUAGGACAUGUUAGCUACAGCUUCUGAGCACACUUUUGCAACAUUUAAACGUGUAUUUAAGAAGAUGUGAUUGACAAAUUUUCGUCUGUUGUAGGCUAUCGCAAUUUUAAAUAUUUGUAUAGCCUAAAUAUAGGGAAUUGAACAUUACGAGCUCUACUCCUGAUCGUUGCGAUAAUACAGGAUCAGUCACUAGAACUAGCAUCAUAAAAGAACUCCAAUGCAAACUUCAUAUGCACUAUCAGUAGCCUACAUAAUAUCCUUACUGUAUAAAGUUUUUCUGACAUUACAUUUUUACAAUAGUGUCCCACGCAUUUCUCCUUGUUAAGCCUUUUCAGUAGCAGUGUCUCUUUCAUAACCGGCAGUAAGCAAAGUAUUUAUAAAGCUACCCAGGAUAGCAAUGGUUUCCUUUUAAUAGUAAAUUAUGAAAUAGCGUCUCAGCACUGUGGCUGUUUUGUGUGUCUAUUUCAUUAAUAUCUGUUUUGGUUUAUAAUAUA